AUGGCUCCUCAAAAGCACGGCGGCGGCGGCGGCGGAGGCAGCGGAGGCGGCGGGAGUAACGCGGGGCCCAGCUCAGGUGCUCCGAGCGGAGGGGGAGGCGCCGCUGCCGCCACCGCCACCGCCACGGGCGGAGGCGCCGGAGGAGGAGGAGGAGGCGGCGGCGGCAGUUAUUCCGGCGGCGGCGGGGGUUCGUCGGCAUCUUCCGCGGCGGCCGGUUCAGCGGCGGCCCUGCCCCCGGUGAAAAAACCGAAGAUGGAGCAGAUCCAGGCUGACCACGAGCUCUUCCUUCAGGCCUUCGAGAAACCAACACAAAUAUAUAGAUUUCUACGUACCCGCAAUCUUAUAGCUCCAAUAUUCUUGCAUAGAACUCUCACUUAUAUGUCCCACAGAAACUCCCGAACAAAUAUUAAAAGGAAAACUUUCAGAGUAGACGGGAUGCUGACGAAAGUAGAGAAAACAAAGGGAGAACACGACUUGCAAAGCUUGUCUGCUCAUCUACAUCUCACCUUUACCGGUUUCUUCCAUAAAAAUGAUAAGCCAUUGCAAAAUUCAGAAAAUGAACAAAGUUCUGUAACUCUGGAAGUAUUGCUCGUAAAAGUUUGUCACAAAAAGCGAAAAGAUGUUAGCUGUCCUAUAAGACAAGUACCUACAGGGAAAAAGCAGGUACCUUUGAAUCCAGACACCAACCAAAUAAAGCCAGGCAACUUUCCAUCAUUGGCCGUUUCCAGCAAUGAGUUUGAACCCAGUAACAGCCACAUGGUGAAGUCUUAUUCAUUAUUAUUCAGAGUAACUCGUCCAGGAAGAAGAGAAUUUAAUGGGCUGAUAAAUGGUGAAACAAAUGAAAAUAUUGAUGUUAAUGAAGAGCUUCCAGCUCGAAGAAAACGAAAUUCUUCCAAUCGUGAAGAUGGGGAAAAGACUUUUGUAGCACAAAUGACUGUAUUUGAUAAAAAUAGACGGUUGCAGCUUCUUGAUGGAGAAUAUGAAGUAGCAAUGCAAGAAAUGGAAGAAUGUCCUAUCAGCAAGAAAAGAGCAACAUGGGAAACAAUACUUGAUGGAAAGAGGCUUCCACCAUUUGAAACAUUUUCUCAGGGACCAACACUUCAGUUUACACUUCGAUGGACUGGAGAAACAAAUGAUAAACCUCCUACUCCUAUAGCUAAGCCCCUUUCAACACGGAAUUCAGAGAGUCUCCCUCAAGAAAAUAAGUCAAGUUCUGUUAAACCGACACAGACUAUAGCUGUGAAGGAAUCUUUGCCAUCAGAUCUACAAACAAGAAAAGAGAGAGAUGUUUCAAAUGAGCCUCGUCAGAAACUGAGAAUAUUUUAUCAGUUUCUUUAUAAUAACAACACAAGGCAACAGACUGAAGCUAGAGACGACUUGCAUUGCCCAUGGUGCACGCUGAAUUGUCGCAAGCUUUACAGCUUACUUAAACAUCUCAAGCUUUGUCACAGCCGGUUUAUUUUCAAUUAUGUGUAUCAUCCAAAAGGUGCUAGGAUAGAUGUUUCUAUCAAUGAGUGUUAUGAUGGCUCCUAUGCAGGAAACCCUCAGGAUAUUCAUCGUCAGCCUGGGUUUGCCUUCAGUCGUAACGGACCAGUCAAGCGAACUCCAAUAACACACAUCCUUGUAUGCAGGCCAAAGCGUACAAAAGCCAGCAUGUCAGAAUUUUUGGAAUCUGAAGACGGAGAAGUAGAGCAGCAAAGAACAUAUAGCAGUGGCCAUAAUCGAUUAUACUUUCACAGUGAUACUUGUCUACCUCUACGCCCUCAAGAAAUGGAAGUUGAUAGUGAAGAUGAAAAAGAUCCUGAAUGGCUACGGGAGAAAACUAUAACGCAAAUUGAAGAGUUUUCUGAUGUUAAUGAAGGAGAAAAAGAAGUCAUGAAAUUAUGGAAUCUACAUGUUAUGAAACAUGGAUUUAUUGCUGACAAUCAAAUGAAUCAUGCCUGUAUGCUGUUUGUAGAAAAUUAUGGACACAAAAUUAUUAAGAAGAACUUGUGUCGGAAUUUUAUGCUUCAUCUAGUCAGCAUGCACGACUUUAACCUUAUAAGCAUUAUGUCAAUAGACAAAGCUGUUACUAAACUCCGAGAAAUGCAACAGAAAUUAGAAAAAGGAGAGUCCAUUACAGCCACAGCAUCUGAGGAGUUUACAGAAGAACAGAUGGGUGCAACUAAUGGCUAUGGCGAUGCUAAUUCUAGGGAACGGUCUUCAGAAAUAGAUAAUACAUCUUGUAUGACAAAACAGAAUAGAAAACAGAAGAUCUGAAAAGACCAGCUGACAAAAAAAUGAAGUGAUAUUCUAAGAUGCAUGAACUCUAUAAGGAAUUUAAUAAGAUAUACAGAUUUUUAACAGGCACUGCUGGAAGCAAAGGAUUUCAUCACAGAUAGUGUUGAUAUGGUUCCUAUUGAAAUAAUUAUGCAAGUGCAACAUGUAUAUCAGUUCUAGUGAUGUAAUGACAAUACUCAAAGUUUGAGCAUGAAGAGCAAUACAAUUUUUGGAAAUUUUAAUUAUGAAAUGUACUGAAUUUACAUAACUUGAGUAUAUGUAAACCAGUUUUUAUAUAAAAAAUUUUUGCAUCGGUAAUGGCUGACUUUCCUACCAUGGAGUUGAAAAUGAGAAGCGAUCGGAACAGUUUAUAAUUUGUACUUAAAAAUUCUGUUUCU